AUGGAACACUUGCUCCGAAUCUCUUCCUUCUUUCUACUACUGGUGGUUGCUGGUGGCCAUGCAGCGGUGUCAUCGGAAGAGUAUUGGCACAGGGUAGUUCCAACCACUAAAAUCCCUGAAGUUAUUCGCCAGUCUCUUUACCCCUCCGCCGCGAGCGCCAUAGGCAAGAACGGGAAGAAAUCGGGGGUAGCGUUCAUAAAUCGCGCGGGAAACAACAAUGGCUAUGGCCAGAACAACGAUGGCUACGGCGGCGCCAUGGAGGACCAGGUGCACGACCUCCCAAACAUGGCUCUCUUCUCCUCGGAAAAGGACCUCAAACCCGGCAACCACUUCACCUUCGACUUUGGCACCAAAGAUGCCCAACAGCCCAUGCCCACCUUCUUGCCUCGGCGCGUGGCCGACACAUUGCCCUUCUCAUCGUCGAAGUGGCCUGAAAUUCUCGCUCACUUCUCAGUGUGGCCCAGCUUGGUGGAGGCCAAGGCUAUGAAGCGGACACUCACCGAGUGCGAGGAGCGCCCAAUCAAUGGUGAGGUGAAGCACUGCACCACCUCCCUCGAGUCCAUGAUCGACUUCUCCACCGCCUGUCUCGAAAAGGCAGUACAGAUAGUGGCCACCACCACCACCACCACCACCACCACCACAACCAAAACCAAAGCAGCAAACCUUAGACAACCAAAGAAAUACGCAGUAGGUAGCGCUGUCCACCAGGUGGUGGCGCCCAAAUCGGUGGCGUGCCAUGCCCAGUGCUAUGCCUACGCUGUGUUCUAUUGCCAUGAGUUCACCACCACCCGUUUGUACAAGGUGCCUCUCCUAAGUGAAGAUGGAAGCACCAAGGUGGAGGCGGUGGCCGUGUGUCACUUCGACACUUCUGCCUGGAACCCGAACCACGUUGCAUCAAAGUGCUCAAGGUCAAGCCUGGGUCCGAGCCGGUGUGCCACUUCCUGGCCCAUGAUAACCUCGUCUGGGUCCCUAUCCCAUGAAACAAGAAGCAUGCACAAAACUUUACCAUAUCAUCACUGUUAUACACCACCUUGGUCCAUUGGCUUUGAGCAUCUGGUUGCGGAUAAUGACAAUCUGGACAUUCAGGGGUCUCUAACUGUUUACACAGUUCCACUGUUAGACAGUUCUACUGCUUGGCUCUGA